AUGCCAGAGAAAUCAAGCUCCAGACUGAGUGUACAGCAUGGAGGAUUUGGAGAUGCAAACCUGGCUGCCCACGUGCAGCCAGAAGAACUGUGCGUAAAAACAAGUGAGGAGCUUGAUAGACAAGCUUUAGGACUUGUUUCUCAUUCAAGAACAGAUUUUCAGCAAUCUACGGAAAAUCUUGGAAGUGAGAAGGGCACUUUGUGUGCAACAAAUCCUCCAUUUAAUUUAGAAGGCAGCCAAUCUGAUAUCCAGGAAAAUGCUAGUAUAACUCAAACUAAGAUUUGCACUAGAGAAGAACAAAUUAAACAGUCUCACGAAAAUAUUUAUCCUGUAGCUAUUAAUGUGAGUGAAAAGGGUGUUCUUGUUGAUACUGGAAAUGAUACUUUAUCUAGCAUCCCAUCUGGAGUUGCCAGUAAAUCUGAAAUUCAGAAAGAUUCAGCAGCAACUCUAGCUCCAGAGGUAAUAGAAGCACUAAAAGGUUCAGAAGUUAUUCUGAAAUCUAAAGGCAGUGGGGAAGUAAAAGUUUUGGAUACAGCUCUUGAGUCUGAGACCAUGGAGGUGUUGAAAUAUUCAGAAGCAUCUCUGCAAUCUGUGGCACAGGGAGGAGCAAAAGAGUUAGACGCAACUUCACUAUCUGUGUCUUCGGCAAGUGAUGUGACAACAAUUCCUAAACCUGCAAAUCAGGCAGAUCUGAGUACUGUGAAGGUAGCUCACAUGUCUGUGGCCAUGGAAGAAGUGAAAAUUCCAGAAGCAACUGAAAAAUCUCUGCAUAUGGGAAAUGUGGAAAGAUCUUUGGAAUUAGGGGCUGUGAGCAGAACUUUGGAGCCAGCCUCGAAGCCCUCAAUUACAUCUGAUACUUUGAGAGUGAUGCAGUGCAGCCCCACGGAGGGUUCAAGUGUCUUGAAGGCACACGUAUCUUUGCAACAUCCUUUUAAAAUAUCUACAGCGACUGCUGUGACCCAGGUGGAAAUAAAAAGUGCCAGAAUACCUCUGGGACCUGGAGCUGGUGAAGUGAAGGAUAUUGAACCAGCUAGAAGCUCUGUGCAUAUGGAAAAUGUGAAAGCUUUGGAAGAAGCUCUGCAGCCGAUUGCUGUAGUACAGCCCAAAACUUUGGAAACAAUCGUGGAACCUGUGGGUGUUACAGCAAAAGAUGUCGAAGCAGCUCGAGAAUGUCUGCAAGCUGAAGUAGUCAAAGAUGUGGAACGUACCACUGAUCCUGCAACACUGCUGAAUGCAUCAGGAGUGUUUCUACAAUCUAAAGUCUUGACAGAAUCAAGUGUGGAUAGAACCCAGGAAUCUGCUCUUCCAGCAGGAUUGACAGAUGUGAACGUGGUUGCAGACGCAAAAGGUUUAAGAGCAACUUCAGAACCUGUAGCGGUUGUGCAGACCUUCGUUCCCCAAACAACUCCAGAAAUCCAGAUGGCAGAGGGUUUUAAAGGUCCACAAGCAACUGUGGAAGUUGCAGCACUAACAGGAGUAAAAGGUCGAGAAACAAGUCAAGCUACUCUGCAACUGGAAAAUACUAGUGCUUCAAGAAUUUCAGAAUCUACUUUCAAGGCUGUAGCUGUAACAGAGGCAAAAGAUUCAGAAGGUACUUCAUUACUGAGACAACCAGAGGAGCUGAGAGAAUCAAGAUCUGAGAGUGAAUCAAAUGUGAGAGGUUUGGAAGCCACUCCCCUGUCUUUGCAGAAAGAAGAUGUGAAGAGUCCAGGAGGAGUCCUAAGACCACUGACUGUGGUGGAAGCAAAAUCUUUGAAAACAGCUUCACUGUCUUUGCAAAUGGAAGGUGUGAAAGCUUCAGAAGAAGCUGUCCAUUUUGGGACUGUGGCCAGAGGUUUAGCAGCAACACUAGGUUCAACAGUGCUGUCGAAAGGUUCAGAGAUAAAUCUAGGCAGUAUGGCAGGUGUAGAAGCAGGCUCAGAUGCCGGUCUUCUAGCUAUGAAAGUUGGAUCUGUGAGACCAGUGAAAAGUUUGGAAACAACUGUAGGACCUGUAGCAGAGACAGAAAGGAAAGAUUCAGAAGCAGACCUUAACAGAGCCGGGACAGAGAUGAAGAUAUCUUCAUCACACCUGCACGUGAAAGGUGUGAGGGAUUUGGGAGAUCCAGCGUCUGUAGGUACGGCAAAGACACAAGCUUUGGAAGCAGUCUUGCAGCCUGGAACCCUUGCAGUGGCAAGGGGCUUAGGAGAAAAUGUGUGUUCUGAAACCACAAUGGGUAGCAAAGUCUUGGAAGCAAGUCCAGGACUUCUUGCCUUAGAAGAAAGGUCAGAAAGGACUCCUGAAUCUGUGGUUGCAUGUGUAAGCAUGGAACCAGUUAGGGUGUCUGAGGCAUUAUCAGGAAUGAUGCAUUUGAAAACCACAGCAGAGAGAGAACCAAAACAUGCAGAAGCAGUUGUAGAACCUCUUGGUGCAAGCAAAACAAAGAGUUCCAUCAUUUCACAGUCUCAGGUCAUGACGCAUACAAGAACCCCACAAACUGAGGUGGUAGAGGAGAUAAAGGACUCCGAACUAGCUACCAGGUCUGCCACUGUAGAAGUGAGAGGUUUAGACAACUUGUCGGAAGUUGAGGCAGUUGCAGAAGUAAAAGAUGUGGAAGCGAGAUCAAAAACUUCACCCUUAACACAGAUGAAAAAUUUGGAAAUGGUUGUGGGAUCUGAAAGAAGGACACUAGUGCAAGGGUUGGGAAGGACAUUGGCAUCUGAGGUGGUUAGAGAAAUGACACAUUCUGAAGUUGCUUCAGAAGAUCCAAACAAAGCAAAGGCAAGGAGCAAAGAAACAAUACUAGAACCUGUGCAAACAGUGAUGGUGCAAACUUUAGAAACAAGUUCAGAAUCUGUACAGGAACAAAUAGUAGGUCAUUCAGAAGCAGUAUUAGAGUCUUUGCCCAGAGUGGAAGAAAAAACUAUGGCAUCAGAAAUAGUGACAGAAGUGAGAAACUUGAAAGGAACUUUGGAAUCUAAGAUUUCAACAGAUUCUGGAGAUGUGGAGGCAAUGAAUGUUCUAGAGGAUGUUUCAGAAGCUGUUCCAGAAUCUUUGCACACUGAAAAGCAAGAACAUCUGCAAGCGGUUCUAGAACCAAAACCUGCUGCAGAAUGGAAGAGUACAGAAGAGGCUCCAGAAAUCUUGAGUGCUGCUGAAAUGAAAUCUUCUGAAGCAGUUCCAAAACCAGGGGACAUGAAAGAUCUGGAAACACUGGAACGUGAAGUGGCAGCGGAAGUACAAUAUGCAGAAGGGGUGCAGGGUCAACAAAUGGAUGUGAGAGUUCCAGGUCAAGCUCAAGAAUGCGAGAUACUGGUUGAGAAGAAAGAUGCAGAGCAAACUCAAGCAUCUGAGCCUUUAAUAGCAGGAACAGUUUUUAGUUCUUCACAUGUAGCAGAUGAAAAAGAUUCAGCAGGGACUCCCGAAUCUGAAAUAAUCAGAGACACAAAACAGUUGGAAGCAGCUCCAGCUCAUGCAGCAGAAACAAAAGAUUUGGAAACAGCUCCUCUUCCUGAGACUGUUGUAGAGCUGAAAGAUGCAGAAGCAGCUGUGGGGUUGGAGGCAGAGACAAAAGAUUUGGAAGCAGCUCCAGUACCUGAGACUGUUACAGAAGCAGUUCCAGUACUUACGGCAGAGGCAAGCCAGUCGGAAGUCAUUCCACAGGCUGAGGCUGUCAAAGAAGCAACUCCAGAACAGGAGUCGGAGAAAAGAGAUUCAGAAACAUCUGAUGUGCAGCCUGAUGUGGCGGCACGCAUGAAGGAGACUCUGAUGAGACUUGAGAAAGUUAUUGAAAAAAGUAGCCAUAGAAGCAGUGAUAAAAAACAUGAUGCAAAGAAACAAAAAAGGAGUCGCUCCAAGUCUCAGUCCAGGUCUAGGAAGCGGAAGAAAAAAUCAAGGUCGCGUUCUACUUCCAGGCGUUUGACCUCUAAAAGAGCACGUUCUAGGAGCAGAAAUUAUUCAGAUUCCAGAAAAAAGCAUUCCAAAUCUAGAUCCCGAUCUGUGGAGAAGAGAGAGAGAAGAGUGUCUUCCCGGAGGUCCAGGCGCAGACGUUCCAGGUCAUCUGACCGUUACAGGUCUAAAUCCAGAUCAGCAGAAAAGAGAGGGAGCAGAUUGUCCUCUGGGAGGUCCAGACGUAGACGUUCCAGGUCUUCUGACCGCUACAGGUCUAAAUCCAGAUCAGUGGAAAAGCGACUGUCGUCCCGAAGGUCCAGACGUAGACGUUCCAGGUCUUCCGACCGCUACAGGUCUAAGUCCAGGUCAGCGGAAAAGCGACUGUCUUCUCGAAGGUCUGGGCGCAGACGUUCCAGGUCUUCUGACCGCUACAGGUCUAAAUCCAGAUCAGUGGAAAAGCGACUGUCGUCCCGAAGGUCCAGACGUAGACGUUCCAGGUCUUCUGACCGCUACAGGUCUAAAUCCAGAUCAGUGGAAAAGCGACUGUCGUCCCGAAGGUCCAGACGUAGACGUUCCAGGUCUUCCGACCGCUACAGGUCUAAGUCCAGGUCAGCGGAAAAGCGACUGUCUUCUCGAAGGUCUGGGCGCAGACGUUCCAGGUCAUCUGACCGCUACAGGUCUAAAUCACGGUCAGUGGAAAAGAGGGGGAGCAGGUUGUCCUCCUGGAGAUCCCGCCGCAGACGUUCAAGGUCCUCUGACCGUUCUAAAUCUAGAUCCAGGUCUUCAGAAAAGAGAGGGGGCAAAGAAUACUCAUGGAGGUUCAGGCAUAGAGGAUCUGGUUCCUCUGAUCGUUCAAAAUCUAGGUCAAGAUCUGUCGAGAAGAGAGGUCGGAAGGCAUCUCUGCGGAGGUCUAAACGUCAGCGCUCGAAGUCCUCUGACCGUUACAAGUCUAGAUCCAGAUCAGUAGAAAAAAGAGAUCGGAAGCAGUCAUCGCGGAAGUCAAAACGUCAGCGCUCGAAGUCCUCUGACCGUUACAAGUCUAGAUCCAAAUCAGUGGAAAAAAAGAAGGAGUCCUCACGAAAAUCUAAGCGUCGCCGCUCAAAAUCUUCUGAACGUUACAAGUCUAGGUCUAGAUCUGUUGAAAAAAAACGCAAGGAAUCUUCAAAAAAAUCCAAACGGAAACGUUCUAAGUCCUCUGAUAGCAUUAAGUCAAGGUCCAAAUCUAUAGAAAAAAGAGAGAGUAAGUUAUCUUCAGUAAAGUGCAGUAGCAAGUGUGUGGAGUCUUCUGAACUUCAGGAGUCAACCAAAUGUCUUGAAAAAGCAGACGUUCCUGAAGCGUCUUUUGCAAGUGAAGGCAGCUCCUCCAAAUCCUCUAAUGGUCCCAUGUCAGUAGCUUUGUCCCUUGAAGGAGUGAACGGCCCAGAGCUGCCGCCAGCACCUGAAAGUGGAUUUUCCAAAACUUCUGAUGCUCUUGAGAAAAGCUCCUCGUCUGUUGAAAAAACAGUGGAUCUGCCUGAAUUUGAUAGCUCUAAAACCCCAGGUGAUCAGGAAUUGAGAUCCAUGCCUGUGGAAAAAACACAAGUUUCGGAGCUUUCUGUGACAUCUGAAAAUGGAUCUGCUGAAAAAGCAGUGGCUCUGGAGUCUUCAUCACUACCUGAACUUACAUACUCUGCAUCCGAGUCAAGAUCCUCAUCUGUUGAAAAAAAGGGAGAUCCAGAAACUUCUUCGGUAGCAGAAUUUCAGCUCUCCGCAUCCCGUGAAGAUGAGUCGAGAUCUACCUCUCUCAAUGAAAUAGAGGGUCCACAGCCUCUUCUGACACUUGAAAGUGGAUGCUCUGUAUCUUCUGAUGAUUACAAGACAAUCUCCUCAUCCUCUGGAAAAACAGAGGUUCAGGGGUCUUCUCUGAUGUCUGAAAGUGUACUCUCUGACUCAUCUGAUGGUCAUCAAUUGAGACAUAUCCCCGUUGAAAAAACAGAGCUUCAGAAGGUUUUUGAAGUACCUGAAAGUGAAUCUUCCAAGUUGGCUGACAGCCCUGAGUCAAGGUCACUCUCUUUUGAAACAGUAGAGGCUCAAAAAUCUUUCCUAGCACCUGAAGUUACAUGCUCUGCGUUCCCUGAUGUCUGUGAGUCAGCCUCCUUGCCUACUGAAAAGGGCCAGAUGCAGGAGCCUUCUCUGGCUUCUGACAGUGGAUGCUUCAAGUCUCCUGAUGGACGUGAAUCAGGAUCCAGCUUUGCUGCACAAAUAGAGGAGCUUCCGGUGAUGUCUGAAGGUGGGUCCUUCAAGUCACCUGAUGGAAAUGAACAAAGAUCUUUAUCUGUUGAAAAAGUCAAGGCUCCAGAUGUUUCCCUGACAUCUGAGUGUGGUCCUGUUGAGAUCUCGGAUGACCUCAUGUCAGCGUCAUCUUUUGAAAAAAUGCGUGGAGUUGUACUGACAACUGUAGGACAAAGCUGCAAGUCUUCUGAAGUUCAUGAGUCCAGAUCAUCUGUUAACAAAGAGUUAGAUGGUCCGACACUUUCACAAGUACUUGAAAUUGACUGCUCUGAAUCUUCUGAAAUGCAUGAAUCGAGAUACCUGCCUGCUGGAAAAAUAGAGGGUACAGGAUCUUUCUUGAUGUCUAAAAGUGGAAUUCCUGUGUGCCAUGAUGGCCAUAAAUCAAAAUGCAAUUACUUCGAGAAAACAGAAGGUGUGGAACUGUCGUUGGCAUCUGAGCUUAGGUGUUCUGUUGUGCCUGAAGGCUAUGAAUUGACAUCCACUGCAGUUGAAAAAAUAGAGAUACAGAAGCCUCCUCUCCCACUGGAAAGUGGGUUCUCCAAGUCUGCUGAUGUUUGUGAAUCAGUAAGCUCACCUACUGAAAAACUACAGGCCCCAGUGACUUCUCUGACGUCUGAAGGUGGGCUUUUCCUGUUGCCUGAUAGUCAUGAAUUGAGACCUAUCCCUACUGAAAAAGUAGAGGUGCAAAAGUCAUCUGAACUGAAAUGCGUUGCAUCCCCUGAUGGCCACAAGUUGAGAUCUGCUUAUGAUGAAGAAAUACAGGUGCAGGAGGCACCUCUGAUCCUGGAAAGCAGAUGUUCUGUUUCCUCUGAUGGUCAUGAGUUGACAUCCACCCCGUUUGAAAAAGUGGAAGUAGAGGAGCCUUCUCAAAUGUCUGAAAACGAAUACACUAUAGAGCUUGAUGGCCCGGAGUUGACAUCAACCCCUGCUGAAAAAACAGACAUGCGGGAACUUUAUCGGAUGUCUGAAGAAAGAUGUUCAGUGUCCAUUGAGAGCCAGGAGUUGGGGUCACCCGCUGUUGAAAAGACAGAAGUGCAAGAGCGUGCUCUGAUAUCUGAAAAUGAAUAUGCUGUAUCUUGGGAGGGCCAGGAGUUGAGAUCUAGCUCUCCUGAAAAGGUAGAGAUGCAGGAGGCUUCUCUAGUACCUGACAAUGAAUAUGCUGUGUCUUCCGAAGAUCACGAAUUGCCGUCUUCCCUUGCUGAAAAAACAGAGGUACAGGAGUGUUCUCUGCUGUCUGAAAACGAAUAUGCUAUAUCUCCUGGGGGCCAGGAGAUGACAGCCAGCCCUGCUGAAAAAGAGGUGCAGGAGCCUUCUCUGACAUCUGAUAGUGAAUAUACCGUCUUCCCUGAAGGCCAAGGAUUACAGUCUACCCUUACUGAAAAAACAGUGGUGCAGGAGCCUUCACUAAUAUCAGACGGUCAAUAUGCUGCAUCCCCCAAAGGGCAUGAGUUGCUCUCUGCUCUUACUGAAAAAACAGAGGUGCAGGAGUGUUCUUUGCUGUCUGAAAAUGAGUAUGACGCAUCCCCUGAAGGCCAUGAUUUGAGAUCCAGUCCUGUUGAAAAAGAAGAAAUGGAGGAACCUUCUGAAACAUCUGAAAGUGAAAGUUCUAUGUCCACUGAUAGCCAGGAAUUGCAGUCUACUGUUGUUGAAAAAACAGAGGUGCAGGAGUUGUCUUUGUCUGAAGAGUAUGAAUCAAGAUCGACUCAUGCUGAGAAAACAGAGGAUAUGGAUUCUUCUUUGACAUCUGAAAAUGACCAGCUUUUGUCUUUCGAGAGCCAGGAGGUGAGAUUCACCUCUGUUCAAAAAGCAGAUAUGCAGGAGCUUUCUCCAACACCUGAAAAUGAACAUGCAGCAUCCCCUGAUGGAAAAAUAGGCGGCCUUGAACCUUUGAUGGUAAAUGAUAGAGCCUCCAUGUCCCCUGAUGACAGUGACUUGAAAUCCAUUCCUGUUGAAAAAAUGGACGAUGCAAUGCCUUCUUUAAUGCCUGAAAGUGGGUGCUCCAUGUCCCCUGAUGGUUACAGUGUGAAAUCUGGCCCUGCUGAAGAAACAGGGGAUCUAGAGCCCUCUUUGAUAUCUGAACGUAGACAUUCCACAUCCUCGUAUCAGGAAGGUCAUGAGCCGAAAUCUCCCAUGGAGGAAGAGGGUCUAGAGUCCUCUUUGACUUCUGAACAUAGACGAUCUGUGUCGCCUGAGGGUCAUGACCAGAAAUCUACCAUAGAUGAAGAAAUGGAUGAUCUGGAGCCCUCUUUGACACCUGAACACAGGCGCUCCACGUCCCCUGAUGAGCACGAGUCAAGAUCUAGUAUAGGUGAAGAAGCAGAGUAUCUGGAGCAGCCUUUGACAACAGAACGUAGAUGCUCCGUGUCUUCCGAUGAGCAUGAGUCAAGGUCUACCACUGGGGAAGAGGUAGAGGAUGCAGAACCCUCCUUGAGAGCUGAACGAAGAGACUCCACAUCCUCUGACGACCACGAGUCAAGGUCUACCACUGGUGAAGAUAUAGAAGAUGGGGAACCCUCUUUGACAGCUGAACGUAGACACUCCACAUCCUCUGAUGACCGUGAGUCAAGGUCUACAACUGGUGAAGAAAUAGAGGAUUUGGAACCGUCUUUGACAGCUGAACAUAGACGCUCCGUGUCUCCUGAUGGACGUGAGUCAAGGUCAACCACUGGUGAAGAAGCAGAGGACCGGGAGCUCUCCUUGACAGCUGAACGUAGACACUCCACAUCCUCAGAUGAACAUGAGUCGAGGUCUACCACUGGUGAAGAUGUGGAGGAUAUGGAACCCUCCUUGACAGCUGAACGAAGAGACUCCACAUCAUCAGACGAGCAGGAGUCAAGGUCUACCACUGGUGAAGAAGUGGAGGAUAUGGAACCCUCCUUGACAACUGAACACAGACGUUCCACAUCCCCUGAUGGGCGUGAAUCGAGGUCUACCACUGGUGAAGAAGCAGAUGAUGUGGAGCCCUCCUUGACAGCUGAACGAAGAGACUCCACAUCGUCAGAUGAGCAUGAGUCAAGGUCUACCACCGGUGAAGAGGGUGAGGAUGCGGAGCCCUCUUUGCCAGAUGAAGAUAAACAGGAUUCCAUGCCUCUUGAGAGGUUGGAGGAACAGGACUCAUCCUUUAUACCUGAAAGUAGGCGUUCUGAGUCUUCUGAACGUGAAAAAUCUAGAUCCAAAUCUGUUGAUAAAAUAUCUGACAAAGAGUCUUCACGAAGAUCUGUAAGCAGACGCUCAAAAUCUCCGACUCGCCAGAAGAGUCGUUCCACAUCUGUUGAAAAAGUGGCAGACAAAGAGUCUUCACGGAGAUCUAGACGUAGACGUUCCAGGUCUACUGCUCGCCAGAAGAGUAGAUCCACAUCUGUCGAAAAAACAGCAGACAAAGAAUCUUCACGGAGGUCUAGACGUAGACGCUCCAGGUCCACUGCUCGCCAAAGAAGUCGAUCGACAUCUGUUGAAAAAGCAGCAGACAAAGAGUCGUCACGGAGGUCUAGACCUCAUUGUCACGUUCAAGGCACAGAAGGAGGAGUAGGUCAAGGUCAGCAUCAAGAAGGCGGCGUUCUUUAUCGAGAGACAGGCGUAAGAGAUCUCAGAGAAAUAGAUCAAGAUCUACUGACAGAAGAAGAAGAAGAUCAGAUUCAAGAGAUCGUAGAAUAUCACUCAGAUUACGGAGCAGGAGUCGAACACCUAUUCGUCAAAGGCGAUCAAGGUCAAGAGGAAGAAGACGGAGCUCUAGUAGGUCACCAAUUCGACUACGGCGAUCAAGAUCUUCAGGGAGAAGAAGAUACAGCAGAUCACCUGAUCGUCGUAGGUCAAGGUCAUCGGAACGAUUUUCAAGCAGAUCACCUAAACGUCUUACAGACUUGGUUACCACGGAAGCCCCUCUACCAGAGAAGUAUUUUUGUACAGAACAUGAGAAUUAAUGAGCAUCCUUGA